AUGUCUGACAAGCUAGAUCGCAGCCUUGAUGAGCUCUUAGACGAGAGAAAAUCGACGAACCGUGGCCGGCGCGGCGGCGGCGGCAAUGGCGGCGGUGGUAACAACAGUGGCGGCGGCAGCAAUCGACCCAAUCGAAGACAGGAUCGGGAUAGGCAGGACUCCUAUCCUCGCGACGGCGUCAGAAAGGUACGAUUCGAUGUUUCGGCUCCCAUCGCAUCUCUCUCCUUCGAUUACUGGGCGCGGUAG